AACUCACCACCCUCUCACAACAUUUCAACAUCUAAGAGUUCUAAGCACUUAGGCAAAAACAGCCCACUUGGAACCAUGGCUGCUUCCACAAUGGCUCUCUCCUCCCCCUCCUUCGCCGGCAAGGCGGUGAAACUCUCUCCUGCCACCCCCGAUCUCCUCGGCAACGGAAGAGUCACCAUGAGGAAAGCCGUCAAGCCGGCCUCAUCCGGAAGCCCGUGGUACGGCCCGGACCGUGCCAAGUACUUGGGCCCAUUCUCUGGUGAGCCCCCAUCCUACCUCACUGGCGAGUUCCCCGGCGACUACGGGUGGGACACCGCUGGGCUCUCAGCUGACCCCGAGACCUUCGCCAAGAACCGCGAGCUCGAGGUCAUCCACUGCAGGUGGGCCAUGCUCGGCGCCCUGGGGUGCGUCUUCCCCGAGCUCUUGGCCCGUAACGGCGUCAAGUUUGGCGAGGCCGUUUGGUUCAAGGCCGGUGCCCAGAUCUUCAGCGAGGGUGGGCUCGACUACCUGGGCAACCCCAGCUUGAUCCACGCCCAGAGCAUCCUGGCCAUCUGGGCCUGCCAAGUGAUCUUGAUGGGAGCUGUCGAGGGCUACCGUGUUGCCGGCGGGCCACUCGGUGAGGUCACCGACCCGCUCUACCCCGGUGGGAGCUUCGACCCGUUGGGCCUGGCCGAUGACCCGGAAGCCUUCGCUGAGCUCAAGGUGAAGGAGAUCAAGAACGGCAGGCUCGCCAUGUUCUCCAUGUUUGGGUUCUUUGUGCAGGCCAUCGUGACAGGAAAGGGUCCAUUGGAGAACUUGGCUGACCACCUUGCUGACCCCGUCAACAACAACGCUUGGGCUUACGCCACCAACUUCGUCCCCGGCAAAUGAGCUUUAGCAAGCGACAUGUUUUUGCUUCAAGUGUGCUCUUGAUGGUGUGACGUAAAUUUGUGCAAAUUAUAUUGAAAGAUUAAUGUGAGCUUUGUUGUUAAGUCAAGUGAUCAUUGUGAUUUUAUCA